AGAUAGAAUUAGGUCUCACCAGGAGAAUCGGUGUUUUACUACCAAUCACAAGUUUCAUGUUGGACGCAGUAUUCAUACUGGAAAUUAUAAUCAAGGAUUACUUUAUCAACCGCCAUCUACUUCAGAGAUCCUUCCUGAAACAUUUUUCAAAUACAAAAGUUCAGUAUCUUCCCACGAAUUAGUGAAUUAGACAAGAUUCAUUUGUACAGAAUAACAAGUAACGGGUCACUCUUCAUAAAUUUCUCUCUCUUUGCGAUUCUGGGUAUAUAUAUACAGGUUCGUAGAUGCAAUUAUGGGUAUAAAUAUAAACGAUCAGCUAAGCUCGUGCCUGGAAUAAAUUCCAUUCCCAGAGUUGGAAAGGAAAACAAUUCCAAUGUUUAUAGAUCUCUUUUUUUUUUGUAAUUGAAAAGAAAUUUGUUGGUUUUGUUUACAAUAUAUUAUUCCCUCCCUAGUUUGGCUUGCCGAGCUCAAUCAUACGGAGUUCGGGCAUCCCCGAGCACCGCACCCCAAAACUCGAAUUGUUUUGCUUUAGUUUCUCUUUUCUUUGUAACCUAGUUUUUUUUUUUUCUCUUGUAAUUUGUAAUUGUUUUGCAGGGAGCAAUAAAUUAUUAUUAUUUAUUUGUAAUUUUUCUCCUCUCUCCAUUCUCCCUUCCGGUAACAACUCUCCUCUCUCUUUCACUUCAUCAAGAAGCAAAAAUGGCAGGAUCUUCUGCCAGUACUCGUGAAGCUCAACUUAUUAUUAUUGCGGAAAGGAUAGGCGACGACGUACACAUUAUACAAAUUUUCUUUCGUUGGUUCUCUUUCCCAUUUCCUUUCGUUAUCUGCUCGUGAAUUCCCCGCAAUAUGGGGUUUUUUUGUGUGAAUGACGUGAUUUACAUGUUUGGGGGUGAGGUAUACAAAAACGGCUUCCUCGAGGCAUGCGAAGAAGUAUGGGAGUUACAUGUGCCUAGUUGUAAAAUCAAAAGGGCGACUUCCAUGGGUUCCGGAAAGAUCAACCCCACAUGUAUAGGACCGUUGGAAGAUGGUCUUGUAUAUGUGUUUAGCAAUUAUUUAAGCCCCCUUGCAUGUGAGAGUUUCAAUCCUAAAACCUGCGAGUGGAAUCCUCUCCCUCCUCCUCCUCCCGUGCCGUUUGGUGUGUAUCUCGAAAGCCACCAUUCAGAAAUUGUUGACCACCAGCUCCUUUUGUCGAGAAAAACAAUUGUUGACCACCAGCUCUUUUCGUCAAAAAAAAAAACAAUUGUCCUAACGACGGAAUUCGGGAAUAAGUUCAACUUGCAUGUUUGGGAUUGUUUUGAUGAAGAAGAACCUCCGGUUGAUUCUUGUAAUGAAGAACCUCCGGUUCAAUUUCAAGAAGAACCUCAGGUUGAUUCUUGUAAUGAAGAACCUCCGGUUCAAUUUCCCCCUCAAAUGGAGAAGGUGUCAUUUCAGUCGAUCCAAACUGAGCAUCAAAUGUACUAUAGAAUUGAUGGCAACGGAAUCAACCUGGUGGUUGGAUACCCUCCAUCUGGUGCACUAUUGCUGAAUGAUGGUACCACAUACCUGUUGUCCUUGGGCAAUGGGAGAUUUUGCACCUUCAUUUCAGGGUAUGUGGUCAGUCCUUUUCAAUACCGCUCCCGCAAUUUAAACGUUGGCGUCAACGUGUUCUCACUGAAGGAUGGAAUGAGGGAGGUUAAGGUUGAAGAGGAAGUUUCGGUGUCCUUGGAAUUAGAGGUAUCUCCUCCAGUGAGGCUUCACAUCCGUGGCUGUUUCACAUGCAGCUAUAAGAUCGGGAAUGCCCAAAUAGAGUCUUCUGCAAGGUUGUAACUCAGUGUUGCAAUUGGUGGAGUGGUUCAGUUUGCAAACUACCAUGAAUUCUACUAAAUCUAAAGUGUUGAGUGCAAUUUUUUCAACUGCUAUUUGGAAAAUAUGGGCUAUUAGAAAUGAAGCCUUGCACAAGGGACGUCAAGAUCAAGCUACACAUGUUGCACAAGUUAUUGUAUGGGAGGUUUUGUCAUACCUCAAGCUGCGACUGGAAGACUUAAUUCUAAUUUUUAAUUGCUGAUGUAUGCUCUGGUCCAAAUAAUUAGUUGCUGGAGUGUUAUCAUGUGGUGCUGCAGUCAACAAUGGCUUUGCUGUGGUCUGGUUUUUCAAGAAUUCAUUCUUGAGGAUGGCUUUCUUUUGUUUGUUUGCUUUUAUCAUUUUAAGAAGGCUUUGGUUUUCUUUAUGGUUUUUCUAGUUAGGAUUUGGUUUUUAUUUUUGCUGUGGAUGGACUUGUUGUCCAUUCUUCUGUUUCUUUUGGAGGUUUACCCUCUCCUUUUGUAAUUGUACUAUUGUUCUUCUAUUUAUAAAAUUCAAAAAAUAUCCUA